AAUUUUUUUUUAUCAAUUUUAAUGAAUUAAAUCAAUUUAAACAGAUAUUUACUCACACUUACUGCGACCCAUCCAAUUUCAAUGUUCAGCGUUUCCAUCUUCACUCAUGUAAUAAUAUUUUCUGUCAAAAAAAAUAUUUUAUAACCAUAAUAAUUAACAUAUACUCCUUUUUCCUUUUAUUUCGAACAGAAAAAAAAGCUUAACUUAGGUUUUGUAUAAACCAACACCAAGCCGCCAUCCACUGCUAUCUUUCCUCUCUGCCUCCCUCUGUUUCCUUUGUUUUCUUUUUCACAUUCGCUUGCUUUAACAAAUGCCGGAAAGCAAGCCGGUGAUUGGUCUGACAUGGGAGCCUAAGCUCCCUGUUUUACCUUUCCAAUCUAAAACCUCGUCUGGGUCUAUUUCUAAAUCCCUGAAUGAUCCCCUAAACACUGCCCUUUGGAAACCCCAUCAACACCUCAUCGAUGGCCUCUUUCUACCGCCUAAUCAUCCUUCGAAGCUUAACAAAUUGCUCAGAAAGCAAGUCAAAGAUACUGCUGGCGCUGCCUGGUUUGAUAUGCCUGCCCCAACUCUCACCCCUGAGUUGAAGAAAGAUCUUCAAUUACUCAAGUUGAGGGGAGCCAUUGAUCCCAAGAGACACUAUAAGAAGGAAUCAAAAUCCAAGGCACUGCCCAAGUAUUUCCAGGUAGGCACUGUGGUAGAAUCUGUGACGGACUACUACUCAGGUAGAAUGACAAAGAAGGAGAGGAAGCCAACCCUUGCAGAUGAGCUACUUUCUGAUCCAGCAGUUAAGCAGUACAGGAAGCGCAAGGUUCAGGAGAUUGAAGAACAGAAUCGACCAGCUGGAAAUGAGAAGUGGAAGAUAAAAGGUCGUCAAACGUUCAAGCGGGCAAAGCAACGAAGGCACUGAUGUUUUCAUACUCUACCUUAUCUUGGAAUUUUGACUUUUCUGGAUUACUGGAGUGGAAAGAAAGUUUAUCUGUGAAAUGUCCCAAGCAAUAAUUUGAACUAUGGAGUCGUUUGAAGUGUCAUACAUACACAUCGAUGGGCUUUCAGGUUAAAAUUGUGGGCUCCCACUAAUGAUUCUUCAGUCUGGAUAUUUUAGCAUUUUGUUAGCGGAACAACUCUUUACACUAAACUGCAAGGCGCCUGAAUGUAUCAACCUUUAUCUAGCAAAUACUGUUUUGAAUACUUGUUUACAACCUUCACUAUUUGAUGCUUAGUGAGAUUUGUUUGGGGCUA